AUGGACAAGGUGGGUGAAACGCUGGAGCGGCUGCGGGAGGAGGGGAAGCUCCCGCGCCUUAUCGCGUUCGACCUGGACUACACCUUGUGGAGCUGCUACUGUGAGUUCCAGUUGCCGCCCUUCACCCCCGCCACCAAGGGGGCUGCGGCAGGUGAAAACACCGGCAAGGGGAAGCAGACGAUGAGGCACAGCGGCGGUCCGGGCGCGGAUGCCUUCGACAAGCACGGUGCCGGCAUUCGCCUCUACCCCGACGUGCGCCCCAUAUUCCAGGCUCUCCUCGCUCUGCAGAAGGAGCUCGGAGGAGGAGGAGGAAAAGAGUUGGCGCUGGCGGUCGCCUCACGCACUCCGACGCCGGACCACGCCACGCAACUCCUGACCACGCUGGGCAUGCUGGAUAGCUUCCAGAACCAUCAGAUCUUCCCAGGCAGUAAGAUCACGCACUUCAAUCGUAUCCGAAAGCAAACACGACUUGCCUUUGAAGAUAUGAUCUUCUUCGACGAUGAAAGGAGGAACGUAAAGGAAGUGGGCGCCAUGGGUGUGACCGCCGUCCUUGUUGACAACGGCCUCACCUGUGCCGACUUUCUGCGAGGCACGGCUGAACCAACAUGCCGAACGUAG